CGCCCCUACUCGUCUGUCUUUCUGUCUCUGCCUUUCUCACCACAGUCUUAGUAAAAAUGGCGUCGGGUGUGCUUCGCCUUUCUCGGCUUUUUUCUGUGAAAAAUACGGGGGCUUUGACACGCUACACAGGGCCAAAACACACGGGCAGAACGGGUUUAAUUCAGUGUCGAAAUGCAGUGUCGACGUCCACAGGCGCCAUUCUACCUAAACCUAUAAAAACCUCCUUUGGCCUCAUACGUGUGGCAGUUGUGGUCGUCCCCUUCCUGUAUGUGGGCACGCUGAUCAGCAAGAACUUCGCUGCCUUGCUGGAGGAGCAUGAUAUCUUUGUCCCUGAGGACGACGAUGAUGAUGACUGAGAACGGUGUUUGUUGAAGUUGUGUUUGCAAGUAAGAGGGAGAAAUGGAGAAGCACAGAGGGGGAAAACAAAGGUGAAUGGUGAUCGAUCACAGCUUUGCCUCUUGCAGACUUCCAGAUUUCUCUCCAAUAUUUAUUUUUUGACCCUGCCCUCUUUGGUCCAAAGUUGUUUGGUUGUUACAGUUUAGGCCUCUCUAUUUUGCAUGUACAGAAAGUUUUCUGAAAUAAAAUGAAU